GGGACUACAAAUCCGUUAGCGCCUACAGCCUCCUCCUCUUUCAUCAUGGCUCCCUCGAUAGACAGGCAAGGAUACUGGGGGCGGCCGACCUCAACGCUGGACUGGUGUGAGGAAAAUUAUAUCGUGUCCUUUUACAUCGCGGAAUUCUGGAACACUGUCAGCAACCUGAUCAUGAUUCUCCCUCCCAUUUACGGGGCCAUCCAGACAUUCCGUGACGGCCUCGAGUCCCGCUACAUCUGCUCUUUCCUCGGACUGGCAGCUGUUGGUGUUGGUUCCUGGUGCUUCCACAUGACGCUGCUGUAUGAGAUGCAGUUACUGGACGAGUUGCCUAUGAUUUACAGCACCUGUGUUUUUGUCUACUGUAUAUAUGAGUGUUUCAAGCAGGAGAAGAGCGUCAGUUUAUUUCCUAUUGCAUUAUUAUUAAUCUUCAGUGUCUCAGUCACUGUGGUAUAUUUGCAGUGGAAGGAGCCAGUGUUUCACCAGGUCAUGUAUGGUGCUCUAGUAGCUUGCCUAGUAUUGCGUUCUAUCUUCAUUGUUACUUGGGUGUACCCAUGGCACAAGCCACUGUUCUACACCUCUUUAGCUAUCUUUUUGUUGGGUUUCCUUCUUUGGAACAUCGACAAUAUCUUCUGUGACUCUUUAAGAGCCAGUAGACAAACACUGCCCCCUGGUGUUGGAGUGGUAACACAGUUCCAUGCAUGGUGGCACAUAUUCACAGGUCUGGGGUCUUACCUACACAUACUUUUCAGCUUGCAGAUCAGGUCGACCUACCUCAAGUACAGGCCAAAAGUAAAGUUUCUAUGUGGAGUGUGGCCCACAUUGCACAUUGAACCACAGAGGACAAGCUGAAUGAAGGAAAGGGGACCAACUGAAGGAUGGUGACUGCCAAAAGCAGACAUCGUCGGCACCGGGACCUGCCAAUGUCACCCUGCAGCUGCUGGGGGGACCCAGCCAGGGGGAGGGUGGACCCCAAGACACCACCCCAGGGACCCUUCAGCUCUACAAUGUGGGGAUUAAGUACAGUAUAGCACUGAGAUCAGUUCUAAGACAUUAUUAUUUUUUAAUCACCAUAAUUUAUUAGACUAGUUUUUCUGUAAUUUUAUUGAAGUGUAGUAUUUUAUUUGCUGAUUAAUUUUGGAUGCAAUGAAGUGAUGUGCUGAAGUGACUAAUGCUGAAAGGGUUUUGGACUUUAGCUUGGGUAGGGUUUGGGAAUGGGGAAAUGAGUGUCAUUAAUGCAAAAGUCACAUGACAUUGCCUUUGUAUGUUCAGUCCUGUGAAUGUUUAAAUCCCCAUCAAAUGCAUCCCUAUUAGUAGCAAGUAUAGAUCAGAGUGCUUUGCUUAUCGGUAGCUGAGAGAACACUACUUUCAGCACAUCCUGCCCCUAAUGUAGUUUCGGGAUAUGCUUACUACAAAUGGAGUAAAUGCCAGCUAGAAAUCUGAUGCAGUGUAGCUCAGAUGUCUCGACUUAGUCAUAGUUGCUCACUCAUUUGCUUGGUUAUUUUUUUGUAGUAUUCUAACAUUUUAGGUUGCACUGGGAUUUAAAAGACACGUGUGGUGUGUGAGGCAAAGUAAUGGUUUACUUUGCUUCUAAACAAGCAAGAUUUCGUGCUCUUACAAAACAAAAAAAUUAUUGACAAAGUUAAGAUUUUCCCUGGUCCAUGGCGCAAGAUGAAUCACUUUCUACAUCUCCAGUUUCUCUGGACAGACAGAAAGCUUCCUCUUCCUGCUAAAGUGAUACUCUGAACUAAUUUGUGCUCUGUGAAGGACUUUACAGCCACCUCACCAGCCCACAAGGGUAGGUGUAGUGGAACCAUAAUGAGACCUACCUCAGGGUGUGUGAUGUUAAGAAGCAGCUUUGCUGAAAUUGGAACAGCAACUGAAGGAUAUGAUUCAACAUAAGAAAAGGGGGUGUGGGUGCAGGAAUGUCACUCAGGACCAUUUAUCAGGUUGUACAACAGCGGCCCCCGACUUUUGCGCCACGGACCGCUUUACGUCCGACAGUAUUUUUACGGACCGGCCUUUAAGGUGUUGCGGAUAAAUACAACAAAAUAAAAGCAGUACCGGUACAAAACAAAAGACGAUUUAUUCAUAACACGCGAGUUAACAAUAAAAAUGAUAAAAACCCUGAAAACCAUACAUUUCACACCCGAGCCUCACCUCUCGCGGCCCGGUACCAAACGACUCACUGGGGUUGGGGAACGCUGUUGUACAGUACAGGACAGUCAUACUUGAAACGUUGAUAGUGAAACUAGUUAAAAGUCUGUCAGUAGAACUUUAGUUGUUGAAAGUGAAUCAAAGGACCAAGUGAAUGACUGGAACAUGUCUGAGUUGUUACAUCUUUAUGAGCUGCGGUGAAUGAAGAACUGGACUUAUCCACUUCUGGCUAGCUAAAUAUCUCCUUCUACAUUAGCUAUAAUCCCCUCAAUCUUCAUUGAUUAGUGAUGUGCGAUACCACUGAUUUCCUUUCCGAUCCGAUACCAAGUAAAAUUCAGGGUGGUAUCGAUGAUACUGAUCCGAUACUGAUACGUUGUGGAAAAACAUCAGAAUACUUGUUCUUAUUGUAUAAUAAUGCAGAAUUAUCAUACAGAAAUAAAAAACCUGCAGUUGUGCGCUAUCUGAACACGCUGCCUGCCUGCAGCACUAAAAGACUCCACGAGAGACGUCUGUCUCGCCCUAGCAGCACCUGUCCCUCUCCUCUCCUCCUCUUCAGUUCGUCUCAACAUAAGCUCGUCAUAUUCUGUGAUAUUAUUUACUCUGAGGUGCUUGACGAGGUUAGUAGUGUUGCCACAACACUUCACUGUCUUGCCACAUGUAUCGCAAACCGCGUCUUGGCUGUUUGUGGAGGAAAUAUACGUCCGCACAUGACUCCGUUUACUCUCAGCCAUUGUUGUGAGUGCGCAAGCCAAGGGGCUACGACACAUUUAUACAGCCGUAUUUCGCAUAUUACUAUGAAAGGCGGAAGAGAAAGUAGUUCCUUCCAAAUGAUAUAGUUUCUUUCCACUGUGUUCCUGUUAAUGUUAAACUACAAAUUUACCCCAGAUUACUGAAAUAUUGAUAUUUUAAUAUGAGAAUCCAUUCUAGAACAUAAAUAACUGGUAUCGGAGGAAUCGAUAUUUCAGUAUGGAUCCGCACUUCACUAUCAUUGAUCAUUAUGUUAAAGAACAGUAAUAUGGCCAAGUGUCCAUAAUAAUUCUGAGAAAAACUGAGUCCCCUCUUUUAACUUAUACACAAACAACACUACAUUUUAUUUUUUUUAAAAAAAGGCAUCAUAAUGAAGAGGCAAAUUGUGCAUAUAUAGAUCUAUAGACGCCUUGUGAUACAGUUUGUCAUACAACCACUAGGUGGCUGUAAAUUUCCAGCAUAUUUCAGAUAUUGCCAAGCUUGUCCUUAAGUGUAUGAAGAACUACCUAUCUGCUCUCGAUCCAACUGUUAGGAUCCAUGCUUACAUUUGUGUGGUGAAAUGAAGGGCUUUUUUCUUUCCAAUGUUUUUGUUUGGUUACUGUGAAACCAUGGAGAUGUAUGUAAAACUGGAAGAUGCACAACACUACUGUAGUGAGAGAUUCAUUUUCUGUGGCCUCAACUGCUGUGCACUGGAUCAUUUUUUUUGUCAUAAUUAAACGCUGUGUCACUAACUCAUGCUUGGGUCUAGUAAGUACAGACACAGUCUUACAAAAACAUUCACAAGCACAAUGUACAAAAGGAAAGUAUUACCGUUGUCCAAAUGCGUGUUUUGAAGCAUCACUGUAUGAAAGAGCUUGAAAACGUUGUUCAUCAGUAUGGGUGAUCAGGUGUCAAAGAAGGUGCCUUAUCGUUUUCCUAGCAGUGUAAUCCAAGUUGCCUUGAUGUUUGUGAUAAACCAUUCAGUUUGUGUUCUGCAGUGUGCCCUUCCCCUGAUUAUUUGCAGUGAAGAAGAGCAAAUUCUGCCAUGGUUUUUGUUGUACUUUGAUCGUGUGCCAGUCUUUUACGAUGUCAUGUAUUGUCAAAUAAAAGAAAUGUCAAACUUC